AGUCAUAACCGAUCCAUACAUACUUAACGCUCCUUCACUCCUUAAUUUAAUUCUCCAUUUAGUUUUUUUAAAGCAAACACUUAUUUAUUUAUUUUCUUUCAAUAGUACAUAGAGUAUUACUCCAUAUUAUUUUUCUCCCCACAUAAAAUUUUAAUAGCACAAUUUUUUUUACUCCCUCCCAUAAAACAUUUCCUGUUUCAAAAAAGACGCACCCUUAAAAUGAGUAAUUUUGGUGUUAUUUUCUAAUUUUGCCCUUACUUUAUAAGGACAAGGGAGGAUAUUUAUUCUUUAAUCAUCUUCUAUAUAUUUAUAUUACUCCUUCAGGUUGUUUAAAAUAAUUUUUUCUAGCUCACUCCAGUUUUUCUUAAUAGAAAUUAGAAUGGAGGAAUCCUCCGUCGCGGAUGCCGCCGCCACGAGUUUGCAGAAGAAAGCUCCGGUGGCGGCGGACGACGACCGUGCAUCCGCGAGGACGGGGAGGAUGCCGUACAACCCUUUUAUCUCCUUGGAAGAUGGGUCUCCUUGUAAUGAUCAUCAGGCCGUGGCGGCGGCUCCGCUUUUGUCUCCGGCGGUGGUGGCGGAAGACGGAACGACCCGACAACGGGAUCGUCAGGCGGCAGCGCAGAAUAACGGCCAGUGCUGGUGCCAUCCGGCGUUGGAGCCUUUCGUCCACCCCGCCUCGGUUUUGGCAGCCCCAAAUAUGGGAAUUGAAACCUUGAACGGUGCGAAUUUUUCUUCAUGGAAAGAUUCACUGAUGCUAACUCUUGGCAUGUUGGAUUUUGAUUAUGCACUGAGAGAGCCUGCCCCUCCUGCCCUCACUGAUAAAAGUACCGCUGAAGAUAAAAUAGUACAUGAGAGAUGGGAGAGGUGCAACAGAAUGGCUCUUAUGCUCAUUAAAAAUUCCAUCAGCAUAAUCAUCAGGGGAGCUAUUCCAGAUUCAUCUAAUGUUAAAACAUAUCUGGCUUCCGUGGAGGAACAAUUCAAAGCAACUUCUAAGGCACAUGCUAGUACUCUUAUUUUGAAGAUGGUGACUACAAAAUAUGACGGGAAUAGCGGCAUUCGUGAGCACAUCAUGAUGAUGAACGACAUGGCCCGUAAGCUCAAGGGAUUAGACAUGGAGAUCAGUGAAGAAACCAAAGAUGCUCAUUUCCUUGAAGAUUUUAAGGUCAGUGGGAGCAGUGAAAACCCUUAUGAUGAAUUGCUAGAAGUACAAGACGCGGGGGGGAGAGACUUGUCAAUUACUUUACCUCCAAUUACUCCUCUUGUACUCAAUGCCAAUCCGCAGGACACUGCACCACCUCCUACUCCUAAUGUACCUGGAAAUGAAGACACCUCAAAUAAUCACCAUCAAGACAAUGCCGCCAAUGCUCAACCCGAUAAUUUGCUCAGGAGGUCAUCAAGGACGGUCGACCGUUGUUCCUUUCUCCACGUCCGUUGUUGUAUCCACGUCCAGGUGACGGUCGACCACGGUAGCCUCCUCUACCGCGACCUCGACCGUUCGUAGCGAGAAGUGUUGUGCGAGGUUCGGUGAUGGUAGACUCGGUGAGGUUGAGUUUAUUCUCCAUCUCCAGGUUUAUUUCUUCGGAGAUCAGCCAUCCAGAAAGCUGAUUUAACGAAAUAUUGGUAUUGUUCAUGCGAAUGUUUUGCUUAAAGGAUGAGUAUUCGGUGGGAAGACCACGAAUAACAGCAUUCACCACAUCACGUUCAGGGAUCUCUUCUUUCAAGGCAUCGAGAUCCGAGAGAAUAGUUGCCACAUCAUCAAGGUAUUGUGUCAUAGUUUUGGUACCUUUACGAAGAGUGUGGAGUUUGUCCCGAAGCUGAUAAACAUGA